AUGGUAUCCUUCUGGGUCAACUCUCCGAGAAUGGGUCUCGGGGGCACUGCUCUCCAGUGGCUCCGAUUCUUCCUUGAGGGUUGUACCCAGUUGGUGAAGCUAGGGGAUACCUGCCCAGUUGCAAAUGUCAUUCUGGAUCCAGACACAUCAGGUUCCCAUCUCAUCCUGUCUGAGGAUCGUAAAAGUGUGGGAUUUGGAAACAAACGUGAAGACCUGCCUGACAAUCCUGAGAGAUUCAGUGACCGAACUUUCGUGCUGGGAUGUGAAGGAUUCACAAGAGGCAGGCAUUUCUGGGAAGUUGCUGUGGGAACAGAAGGGACAUGGUCUAUGGGGGUGGCCAGGAGGUCUGUCAGGAGAAAAGGCAUUGUUAAUAUUCGUUCUUCGGAAGGGAUCUGGACUGUGGACAAGCGGAAAGGUAUCUACCCUGUUACCAGUCACCUUUCUAGCUCUCCUCUGUCCCUGAGUGAAAAGACCAAGAAGGUCCGAGUCUAUCUGAACUGUGCUGCAAACCGGAUGGCUUUUUACGAUGCUGAUACGGGAGACCAGAUCCAAGUAUUCUCGGAUGUCUCAUUUAUCGGAGAGACUGUUCUCCCGUUCUUUUACCUGGGUAUUGAUAGCCACUUAAAAAUCUCACCUUAAAACAGCUAAACCCAUCCAUCAGGUUUUGUUCUUUAAACUGUCAGAGUUCUCAGUUCAUUUAUUGCAGAUCAUCCCCAAUAUUCUUCUUGUACACCUGGCUUUCACUUUCAUAGAAAAUUGUCUUAACUUUAACACAUAUCUCUCAGUUAAAUGAUCUCUAAUGUAUGGGGCCAGAGGUUUAACACAACUGGCAAAUCACCAGCAACUAUCAGAUCUGUCAACCAAAAGGUUGCAAGUUCAAA